AUGGUAAACAACUUAGCAAGGGAAUGCAUUUCUGUCCACAUUGGUCAAGCUGGUGUUCAGAUGGGCAAUUCCUGUUGGGAACUGUAUUGCCUGGAGCAUGGGAUUAAGCCAGAUGGCAUGAUCUCCCCCUGUGCAUCCUCAGAGCAAACAAACUCUUCCUUUGGGACCUUCUUCAGUGAGACAGGAGCAGGAAAGUAUGUACCCAGAGCAAUAUUUGUUGACCUGGAGCCCACUGUCAUUGAUGAGAUCAGGAAUGGGACCUACCGCACACUCUUCCACCCAGAGCAGCUCAUCAAUGGCAAAGAAGAUGCUGCCAACAACUAUGCCCGGGGCCACUACUCCAUUGGGAAGGAGAUCAUUGACCCCGUUUUUGAAAGGGCUCGGAAAAUGACUGAGCAGUGCAGUGGACUGCAAGGAUUCCUGGUCUUCCACAGCUUUGGAGGAGGCACAGGCUCUGGGUUCACCUCCCUCCUCAUGGAAAGGCUCUCGGUGGAGUAUGGCAAGAAGUCCAAGCUGGAGUUCUCCGUUUACCCAGCCCCACGGGUUUCCACAGCAGUGGUUGAGCCCUACAACUCCAUCCUCACCACCCACACUACCUUGGAGCACUCAGACUGCUCCUUCAUGGUGGAUAAUGAAGCCAUCUAUGACAUUUGCAACCGCAACCUGGAUAUUGAGCGUCCCACCUACAAAAAUCUCAAUAGGCUGAUCGGGCAGAUUGUCUCCUCCAUCACUGCCUCCCUGAGGUUUGAUGGUGCUCUGAACGUUGACCUGACUGAGUUUCAGACCAACCUGGUCCCUUACCCAAGGAUACACUUCCCCCUCACAACCUAUGCACCCAUCAUCUCGGCAGAGAAGGCCCACCACGAGCAGCUGUCAGUGCCAGAGAUCACCAAUGCUUGCUUUGAGUUCUCCAACCAGAUGGUGAAAUGUGACCCCCGCCGGGGAAAGUACAUGGCAUGCUGCCUGCUGUACCGGGGCGACGUGGUGCCCAAGGAUGUGAACGCAGCCAUUGCAUCCAUUAAAACACGCCGGUCGAUCCAGUUUGUGGACUGGUGCCCCACAGGCUUCAAGGUGGGCAUCAACUACCAGCCUCCCACGGUGGUGCCUGGGGGAGACCUGGCCAAGGUGCAGCGAGCUGUCUGCAUGCUGAGCAACACCACGGCCAUUGCGGAGGCGUGGGCCCGCCUGGACCACAAGUUUGACCUGAUGUACGCUAAGAGAGCCUUUGUGCACUGGUAUGUGGGGGAGGGCAUGGAGGAAGGGGAGUUCUCGGAGGCCAGGGAGGACCUGGCUGCCCUGGAGAAGGAUUAUGAGGAGGUUGGAAUGGACUCAGUAGGUGGAGAUGACUGUGAUGAGGAAUAA